GUGAAUUCAAUAAACGGAGCUUCCUUUGUAAUCAGAUCCCUUUCUUUUUCGCUUCAUCGAUCACUCUCAAUCGAUCAAUCAUCAUACAAUAGAGCAUGCAACCAUUCUUCCAUCAAUUACUGUUGCAUUGUUGAUAAUUGGUUGAUUUUGUACUUCAAGCGGCAAUGCAGGGCUAUGAUGAUGAUGAUGAUGAUGAUAGAGAUGAACUGCAGGAUUAUGAUGAUUACUAUGACGAGGGCGAGGGUGCGGAAGAGUAUGAAGAGGAAGAAGAAGAAGAAAAGCCUCGGAAGCCGACGAAGGAGGAGCUUGAGUACCUUGAGUUGAGGCAGAAAUUGAAAGAUUCAAUUCGGAAGCAGAUGAAGAGGGAGGGUACUGGUACUGGUAGUAGUGCUUCUCGCACGGAUUCGACCGAUCAUAGAAAGAGUAACAAACUGCCUUAUGAUAAUUAUGGCUCCUUUUUUGGCCCUGCUCAACCUGUUAUUGCACAGAGGGUAAUCCAAGAGAGCAAGUCAUUAUUAGAAAACCAGCAUUUGGCACCUAGGGUUUCCAACCCCAAUCACAUUAAGAAGAACCCAAAUAAAGUAUCAAACAGAGGCUCAAAGCCUAUAUCUAAGAAUCCGCCUCGGCCUUCCAAACACACAGAGACAAUGGUAAACGCCCAAAAACUAAAAAAUACAAGAGACUAUUCCUUUCUUUUAUCCGAUGAUGCAGAGCUUCCAGCUCCUUCAAAAGCAACUCAACCUCAGAAAGUCUCUGUACGAAAUUCGGAGGGACGGCCGGCUCAGGUUCCGGGGAGGAGUAAACAACCUUUGAGUGAACUGAGACCGGGUUCUAUGACUAGCCAUUUGCCACCUAAACCAGGACCGAAUAAUAAGUUAAGUUCCAGCAGCAAACCUAGUACAUCAUCAGAACAUUCUAGAAGACAGCUUGGUAACAACAGCGCGAAUGGACCAGGCCGGCCGGUUGGGCCAAAAGUGCCUUCAAAGAUGUCUGUUGGUACAACAAAUGGUUUCCGGAAACCACUUCCUCCAAAGGCCACUCAUUCAUCUAUUCCUGGGCAUAGUGUGGAACCAAGGAAAGACGCGCGAGAACCCAAUAAGCUUAAAAUGAUACCAAAACAAUCAGUGGCAUCAUCAAAACCACAGAAUAAUAAACCAGUUAAACAAAAUCCAAUUGCUUCACAAGAUCAUCGCCCUAAGAAAAAGGUCGCAACACGGCAUCCUGAUGAUGUUGAGGACGACAUGGAUAUCAGUAGAAUGAUUAGAUCAAUGUUCAACUACAACCCCAACAAAUUUGCCGACCAAGACGAUGAUGAUAAUAUGGAGGCGGGCUUCGAUGAAAUCUUAAAGGAAGAAAGGAGGAGUUCCUUAAUCGCUAAACAAGAGGACGAUGAACAACUCAAGUUAAUCGAGGAGGAAGAGGAAAGAGAACGGAGAAGAAGGUUGGCCAAGUUAAAGAAAAGAAAGCUUGGGGAGUAGUAUCAGUAACAUUCAACACUACCCUUUGGCUUCCAUUCAAAUCAUUGGUUCAAAUGGAACUUCCCUUCUAUUUUUAUCCGGGGCAGUUCUUUGAUUACGGGAUUUAAUUAAGCAAUUUAUCAUUGAUGGUAGAAUUAGAAAUUCAUUUGUUCACAUUACUUUGAAAAAGGUACUGUUAUGUAAAGACAGGUCCUUCUUUAACAAAAAUGUGCUUCAAGCUGCACUAUUUUUUGCCUCUAUGAAUAUGCAAGAAUUUCUCAUGGCAGAAUUGGCGGCAAAAGCUUGAUUCCUUAUGGCCAAGUUAGGAACAUACAAUCUGUAUCCUCCAACUUAGGGGGGUACCAAAUAUAGCUUGUAAUAGUUAGUAGUACAACUUAACAAACUAGUUAGAGCCUUAAGUUAGUUAGGCU